AAGAUGAAAGUAUAUUACAUUGUUACAGGUUUUGAUACACGGCUUCAACCCUGGUCAGGAUCGGAACGGAGUUGAGCUGCAGUCCGAGGAUUCAAAAGGUGGGUUCCCUUUACCAAUCCACCAAGUCACAUGCCAGGCAUAAAAGGUAUAUGAACGCGUACUUCAGUUCAACUCAUCUUCAGAAUGAAUAAUCUGCUCACUGAUUCUAUCCUCUUUCACAACUUCUCGACGUCCAAAACUACUCAUUAUGGCAAUGCGCAUCAAGCCUUCACCAAAUACACCCCAGAAAAUUCAACUUCAACACAUCUCCCAUGUCUUCCUUCGUCAUAUUGAUCCAGAAAAGUUUCUUGCCUUCGCAAAAGAUUUUGGCUUCGUCGAGGAAGCACGAGACGGGGAGGCAGUCUACCUCCGAGGCUACGGUGUAGAUCCAUACUGCUAUGUUGUCCUGCCAAGCACCACCGGGGAGAAGCAAUUUGAAGGCGGAGCAUUCACUGUGAAAUCAAGGGAGGACUUGGAAAAGGCGAUGAAACUCCCAGGUGCUACACACAAAGACCUGUCACAUUUGCCUGGCGGCGGAGAAAUCGUUUGUGUUUCUUCCCCAAGUGGAGGGAAGAUGCAUCUCGUCUGGGGCCAGGAACCUCGAGCCGCGCCAGCGAAGGAGCCAUCGGCUCAAGUUCAGCACUUGGGACCGUACAAUCUUCCGUUCCACAAAGACCGAAAAGGCGAGUUCCAGCGCUUCCAAGCCGGGCCAGCGAUGGUACACAAAGUCGGUCAUUAUGGUUACAUUUCAAGCGCCUUCGAUGAAGACCUGGCCUUCUAUCUCGAUAAUUUCAACUUAACACCCUCCGAUAUCCUCUUCGAACCAAGCAUGCCAGACCUUGAUGUUCUCGCAUUCUUACAUAUUGAUCUUGGCUCCGAGUUUACCGACCACCACACGCUAUUCAUGCAGCGAGCCGCUCCAGGACAGAAGACCGCAAUGCAUCACUGCUCUUUCGAGGUCGCAGACUUCGACACCCAGCUCAUCGGUCAUCAAUGGUUGGCAGAUAAGGGAUAUACGUCAGUAUGGGGUGUUGGGAGACAUAUACUUGGAAGUCAGAUUUUUGACUAUUGGAAGGAUCCAAGUGGGUUCAAGAUUGAGCAUUAUGCGGAUGGGGAUGUGGUUAACGACAAGACACCGACGAGUCGCCAAGCAGCUGGUCCAGACACUUUGUCGAUCUGGGGACCGCCAUUGCCUGCCAACUUUGGAGAUUCCUCGUGAUUUAUUCUUGUGGCAGUGUAGCAUGCUUUACUCUCGAAUCAGACAUUUGUUUACUCAAACAUCUCAAAAACCCACCCACUCGCGCCAAAUACAUGACUGUUCUGCUUGGAACCCUAAAUAGCGUGUAAAAAUAAUAC